ACUUAUUUUUAGAGCCUCUCCUUGUUAAUUUCCUCAUCUGCAAUACUCGUGUGAAUCGAAGCGCAUUAUUUUUGUCUUCAGUGCGCGGUUCUCUAUUUUACUUCGAUCGGCUCUGUGCGUAAUUUAUGUUGGAAGACCUGCCUAGCAAAGAAAAUGACCACACCGAGCGUGCCAGCCGGACCUGGCUUGAACAACUACGCCCCCUUCUCGAUGGGAAAUCAGACCCCAGACAAAUACAUGCGAGGGGGAACCUCCAUGAGGGGAUACAUCCCGCCGAUGAACGCCUACCACGUACAUCAAGAAAUGUACAUGAACCCCAAUAACGUGGUGCCGAACAUCAACAACCUGAACCCGAUGCCGCCCGGGAUCACGGGGCAGCGCCGACAAGUGCCGUGGGAGAUGCAAAUGCCAAUCGGCCAAAGGGUCAUGACCAGUCCGAGUCAGACUGCCAGAGUCAAUCAUAGCAGUGUGAAUGGAUCUAUUUUUGUGCAAAAAUUGAACGAGCCGGACAGGAGCGCCAGCUCGCAGAAGCCGGUUGGCAACGGCUACUCGAACCAGAACCUGCAACUCCAAAAGUUGCAGCAGCAGCAGCAGCAACUGCUCUACCAGAUGCUUCUGCAGAAGCAGAGACAGCAGGCGCACCAAAAGUUGGCCUCGCCGUCUUCGACGCCGACUUUGGACCCGAAGGGCGAAACUACCGAGAGCGCGGCCGAAAGUGGCAGCAGCAACGGCUACUCGAAAGUGGGCAAUCCCCUGACGGAUAUCUACACCCUGAACGGUAUGAAGGCGCUGAUGAAGCAGAAAAACCUGAGCAUUUUUACUGCGGGGUUGGACUUCUCCACAGCCGAGUUCGAUUCCGCGCCCGCUGAGGAGAUGUGCUCUAGUUUCGCCGGGCCGUUCGCCCACCUGGCCAAGAAAGAACCCGAGCCGAAGUUUCCCCCGUGCUACACCAUACCCUGCCAGCCGCCCAUCUCCGAGAUGCUGAAACACUUUAGCGACGAGACGCUGCUGUACAUAUUUUACACCACGCCGAGAGACGCCCUGCAGGUCACCGCCGCGCAGAUGCUCCGCAGUCGGGAGUGGAAGUACCACAAGGAACAGCAGGUCUGGUACCACAAGGCCAAGGACAGCGAGCCGCUCACGAAGACGAGCACCUACGAGAAAGGGUCCUAUGUAUAUAUGGAUAUAAGCAAAUGGGAAGAAGUGAGAAAGGACAACAUCAUCUUGGAAUACGACAAGCUAGAGCACGACUAGGAGAAGGCUCGCGCGAGGAGAGAACCGAAGGCGGAGCCGGCGCCGACCUGCGAACGGCCUUCGCUGAGAAUUGUACUGGAUGUGUGAGACCGGGCGACGCACGUGUGCGUGUGUGAAGAGAGCUUAUAUUCACACACUAUCGCAUCGAGAAAAAGUCCGUGUGUGGCUCGUGUAUUAUAAAUUCAUGUACAUACACGUUGUGUGUCAAACGAGGCGGCAUCUGGCGCGGCUCGAAAGAGGGGGGGAGGGACGCGGUGAAAAAAGAGAGACGCGCUUUUUUGUUACUGCGACAAGAUGGCGGCCUUGAACGCGUUCCUUUCCAAACUUUCGUUUUGGAUCGUUUCGACCCCCUUUGCGCGCAGCGCGAACAGCACGUCUUCCCACAUUGGCUGCAGCUGCUCGACGUGCUCCGGGUGCAUUUGGACUUGGAACCUUUCGACCGAGUCGGAGAGCUUGAGCCCGCCGUCCGCCUUGCACUUUCUGAGCGUGUCGACGCACGCUAGGGUCGUGGUGAGCGCGUUUUCGUACGCGCUCAGCUUCUUCUCGUCCGAUAGCUGCGGGAAGCGGUCCGAGAGUUCCCGUUGAGUGGGGUAGGGAGAGAGGUGGACGCUCGAAUAGCGGGUGCGCUUCGCCAGGGACCAGGACCAGACCUCCUCGGUGAUGUGUGGCAGAAUGGGGGCCAAGAGGCGCAAAAUGACGUUCAUGGCGGUUUGCAUGGUUGCGAUGGCGGAGUCGGAGCCCAGGGGGUUCGAUUCGCGUUGUCGCGCUCGGGCCUUGACCAUUUCCAGGUAUUUGUCCGUGAAGCGGCUCCAGAAGAAAAUUUCGGUUUCUCGGAGCACUUUCGAGAACUGGUGGUGUCGGGACCACUCGUCGCACUGGGUGACCAGUUUGUGGAGUUGGGAGAGUAGGGAGAGGUCCAGAGCGUGCGUUACGUUCGCGUGGGGCGAAUGGGGGGGGUGGGAAAAGACCAGUUUUCCGGCGUUGAAUAUUUUCGUCACGAGGCGCUUUCCGACGGUGAGGUGUCGGUCGUCGAGGACCGCGUCGUUUCCCAGACGCAUGUAUCCGGCCCAGUAGCGAACGCCGUCGGAGAGGUAUUUUUCCAGCACCUGGGCGGGCGCUAGACUCGCGUUUCCCUUGGACUUGGACAGUUUUUUGCCCUUUUUGUCGAGGACCCAGCCGGAGAUGGCCACCUGUUUCCAGGGGGUGGAGUUUUCUUGCAGGAGGGACUUGACGAUUGUGUAGAACGUCCAGGUGCGGAUGAUUUCGUGCGAUUGGGGUCUGAGGUUCAUGGGGAAGAGUUGUCGGUGCAGUUUUUCGUCCUCGAGCCAUUUGGUCGCGAUUUGGGGGGUCAGGCUGGAGGUCCACCAGGUGUCGAACACAUCUGGGUCUGGAGCGAAGCCGUUCUCGGAGUGCCUCUGCGCCUCCGGGAACUCGCUUGGCGGGUCCGAGAGCGGGUCGACGGGGAGCCGGUCUGCGGAAGGGAGUAUGAUUUGGUCGUACAAGACGUUGCCGCGCUCUACGCGAUAGUAGACCGGGAUGGGGACGCCGAAGAACCGCUGCCGACUGAUGCACCAGUCCGAGUUGAGGCCUUGGAUCCAGUCGUUGUAUUUUUGAGCCAUGGAGGGCGGGAGCCACUGGACCUUCGCGCCCUGUUCCAGCAGGGCAUCCUUCUUGUCGAGUGUCUUCAGGAACCACUGUCUGUUUGGGAUGUACUCGAGGGGUCGAGUGCCCCGUUCGAAAUACUUGACUGGGUGCCGGAUGUGCGCGGGGGACGAGCAGAGGGCGCUCGGCUGGCAACCGUCGUCGUCGAGUCGAAUCUCUCCCGCGAGGCACUUGAGGAUUGUCUUGCGGGCCUCUUCGACGGACUUGCCGGCGACGACUCGGUAGUAUCGGUUCGCCGCAUCCGGACGGAGGGAUCGAAAGGCGUUGUUCGGGCGCGCGGCGACCGAUUCGGGUCCUUGAGGCUUGAAGUCUACGUCGACCAACAGCCUGCCGUCCUUGCCGACGGUUUGGAGGAGGGGGAGCUUUUCGCUUCGCCACCACUCGACGUCGAGCGAGUCUCCGAACGUGCAAACCAUGACGGCACCCGUUCCCUUGCUCUGGUCGACCAGCGAAGACGAGAAGACGCGAACUCGAGAAAAGAACAAGGGCGUGACGACGUCUCGGCCGACCACGCCCCUGUACCUCGCAUCGUCCGGGUGCACCGCGACGCCGACGCAGGACGCCAACAACUCGGCGCGAGUGGUGGCAAUCACGAUGCAGCGGCUCGAAUCGUCUGCCAAACACAUUCGAAUUUUGUACAAGAUUCCCGCGACCUCUCUGUCCUCGACCUCGGCCUGCGCUAUGGCGGUGCCGUAAUCGACGUCCCACAGCGUGGGACUCGACGCCUGGUAGACCUGCCGCAUGUCGAGCAAGUUCAGGAAGUUCUGCUGCGCCGCCCUGCGACUGGCCCUGUCAAUCGUGGCGUAUUCGUACGCCCAAUCCACCGACAGACCGACGCGGGUGAAUAGCUCGCGGAAACGCGCCUCGUCCGCUCGAGCGACCCCCUCGCACAGCUCGACGAAGUUCCUCCGAGAAAUCAGGCGGCGAGGCGCGCUCGGCGACGCCGGGCCUCGGGGCUCGACCCUCAGGCCGGGCACGUAGGCGACGCGGUCCGAGCACCAAACGUGAUAGAGGUCCUGCACUCGGCGCUCGGUGGGCAAGCCGUUGUCGUCCCAGCCCAUCGGGUAGAACACGGACUUGCCGUGCAUGCGCUGAAAGCGGGCUAUCAUGUCGGUCUGAGAAUACGAGUAAACGUGACCCAUGUGGAGCUCUCCAGACACGGUCGGGGGAGGCGUGUCGAUCGCUAUUCACGCCCACCGACGCACGCGCGGCAAAUCGUACGCGCCGAAAAACCGAAUUCGUCAACCGAGAGCGCGUGUCACAUAUGUAUUCAUACACAUAGUACACACGCGACAGAAACUUUCAGCCAACCGCUUCCAACCGUUUUUUUUUUUACGUACAAAAAAUUUCGU